AUACAUGUGUUGUAGAUGUUGUUGUACAACAAGAGAUGUCGCUACUUUAUUAAUUUACUUUGGACUUAAUUCUUGUUUUGAAAAACAGCAGGCAGUUUUUGACAGCAGAAUUACCUUUGAAAAAAACAAAAUGACUGAAAUUUCUAGCACACGUUGUUGGUGUUGUUGGUAAAAUAUCACAGCUGUGUUUUACUUUUAAGUUGCCUAUUAAUUGCGCCAAUCGUUUAAUUUUUUUAAUUAAGCAAUUUUGAUUUUUAUAUCUCGUAUGGAUUUUGAAGAACACUUGGAUUUGUUUUUUAUUAGAAAAGAGACCAAUUUAAACCACUGUGCAGAUUCUAAAGCAGUCCCUAAGAAAGUUUGGAAUACCAAACAAGUCACGGAUUCAAAAGUCUUCAAUUGCAUACCUUUAACAUUGAAUACUAUACAAAAUCUAAAUGAGAACUCAUUUGACAAAGCUAAUAAGUUGAUUAAAACUUUUAAUGAUGGAGUACAAUUUAAAAAUUGCUUGGUGUAUGGUAAAAUAAUGAGUCGCGGAAAAGAAUCGAAAUCAAGUUAUAAUUAUAUUCUAGAUGAUGGAACAGCAUCUUUGGAAAUAGGCAUAUUUCGGAGAAUAGAAGACAUGCAGACAGUAUGGAAGUUGGAAAAUGAACUGCAAGCUGUUAAAAGAGAAAUGUUGGCCCAAAAUAAGAAUGAAAUUGUCGAUAGUUUAAGAAAUUUAUUAUUCAAAACAAAAGAUCAGAUUGACCACUCUAAUAUAUGUCCAGGAUCAAAGAUUGUAUUAUACGGCAAACCAUCGUUUUAUCAUGAACAAAUAUAUUUGAAAGUUUAUUCUUUAAUGGUAGAUUGUAAAACAAAUAAUGAUAUGGAAAUCGCCUUUAAAGACUAUUUAAUAGAUUGGCAUAGAAAUAAUUUUGUACGUUUUUGAAAACAAACUUUCUUGAAAUAGAAAAAAUGUUUUAUUUGAAUUUAUUUAUUUCUUGUUUUAUAAUAAAUCAUAUAGUUUUGUUUGUUCUAAAAAUAUAAAAUUAAAAUGUUUUCUAAAACGAACCUGUCGUAAUUUCACUUUGCAAUACCACUUCCAAUGAUGAUGACUGACGGGUUCAGUUUCAAAUAUUUCAUUCUGCUUUUGUGGGUGGAGGAGUAGGAGCGCGUUAUUUGAAAAAGAGUACAUACAUAACAUAGAAAAUUACAUACAUAUUAAUAAAUUGCCCAGAAGUUUAUGUAGUUUUGGCUCUGAUAGCGGCACGCUUGCCAGUAACAGCUUGGAAACCAGAUUUAAUACUAGCUACUGAACACCUAGAACCACAAGAUUCGCAUUGCAGGAAGAAGAGACGGGUAUCUUUUUGCAGAAUUGUUUCGGGUGAACGACAUGUAUGGCAGGUGACAUAUUCCUUAAUAUAACGACGCAGCACAUUCUCAAUUUGUUUAGGCUGGAAGCGUCCCUUAAUAAUAAGUUGUUGAUUACCAUCCAUUGAGCCACUUGUACCCAAUUCAGC